UACCUUUAUCUCUGUGAAAAAUGGCAGUCUGCACAAAAAACCAAUAUUUUCCCGUAACGGAUUAAGAAUUUAAUCGACAUUUCAAUAUUUCAUCAUCCAGAAACAAGAAACGGAAAUCUUUUAUCAACUUGGAAAAGAGUAUCAACAAUUCCAUCUUUGUCUUUUGAAACGUCACCAUUUCCCCUUUUUUUUCUCGACGGAAUUCCCAUACGAGAUUCACGUAACCAUCGAUUGGAUCAUGGACGUCCAUGUCGAAUCCAAACAACAACAACCAAACUUUUUCAUAUCAGGACAAAAAGAAAAAAAACAAUCAAUCAAACAGAAACAGUUUUUUUCCCCCUUCUUCAAACAGGAUUUUUCUCCGCUAAACGAAAUUCAUAUCCAUUUCUCGAGCCAGAGCCGCCUCUCUCUUUCGCAACCUCCUCGAUUGUGAAGAAGCUACAAUGGCUACUACUGCGCCCCUGGUGUUUGCGUACUACGUCACUGGCCACGGAUUCGGCCACGCCACUCGCGUCGUUGAGGUGACGCGCCAUUUGAUCGACGCCGGCCAUGUGGUCCACGUCGUCACCGCCGCGCCGGACUUCGUCUUCACUACCGAAAUUCAGUCGCCCAACCUCUUCCUGCGCAGGGUAUUGUUGGACUGUGGAGCUGUUCAAUCAGAUGCGCUCACGGUUGAUCGUCUUGCCUCAUUAGAGAAGUACUCCCAGACAGCUGUGAUUCCCAGGGAGUCUAUUUUAGCAUCAGAAGUUGAGUGGCUCAAGUCCAUUAAAGCUGACUUAGUGGUUUCAGAUGUCGUGCCUAUUGCAUGCCGCGCAGCUGCAGAUGCAGGAAUUCGUUCCGUCUGUAUCACCAACUUCAGCUGGGACUUCAUUUAUGCUGACUAUGUGAUGGCCGCUGGCCAUCACCACCGGUCAAUUAUUCUGCAGAUUGCUGAAGAUUAUUCUCAUUGCGAAUUCUUAAUUCGCCUGCCAGGAUUUUGUCCUAUGCCAGCUUUCCGUGAUGUAGUUGAUAUUCCCCUUGUGGUGAGGCGGCUGCACAAGAGCAGAGAAGAGGUGAGAAAGGAGCUUGGAGUUGGAGAUGAUGUGAAGCUGUUGAUUUUCAACUUCGGAGGGCAGCCAGCUGGUUGGAAGCUAAAGGAGGAGUAUUUGCCAACUGGUUGGAGGUGUUUGGUGUGUGGUGCAUCAGACGAUCAAGAACUUCCCCCCAAUUUUAUCAAGCUUUCAAAAGAUGCAUAUACACCUGACGUUAUAGCAGCUUCAGAUUGCAUGCUUGGAAAAAUUGGAUAUGGUACAUCUAGUGAGGCCAUGGCUUACAAGUUGCCAUUUAUCUUUGUACGGAGAGAUUACUUCAAUGAAGAACCUUUUUUGAGAAACAUUAUUGAGCAUUACAAAGGUGGUGUGGAGAUGAUUAGACGUGAUCUGCUGAGUGGAUGUUGGCAACCCUACAUUGACCAUGCUGUUAGCUUGAAACCAUGCUACAAUGGGGACAUUAAUGGUGGCGAGGUAGCUGCAAGCAUACUGCAGGACACAGCUCAUGGAAACGUCCAUACUAAAUAUAAGCCUUGUGGAGCAAGACGACUACGAGAUGCAAUAGUACUUGGAUAUCAGCUAAGAGGAAUUUCUGAACGGCAAGCCAAUGUUCCAGAUUGGUAUGUCCAUGCACCAUUGCCAUCGCAGGAACACGAGCUGUCCAAAGAAGAAAUCCAUAUACCAGAUUUUGAAGUUCUCCAUGGGGACCUUCAAGGUCUUUCGGAUACUGCUAGUUUUUUGAAGGCAUUGGGAGAGCUUAGUGCUAUUGACUUUGAAAGGGAUAACAAGGACCAGUUGCGGGAGCGUCUAGCGGCCGCAAGGCUUUUCAAUUGGGAGGAGGAAAUAUUUGUCGCGAGAGCACCUGGCAGAUUGGAUGUGAUGGGAGGAAUAGCAGAUUAUUCAGGAAGUCUUGUUUUGCAGAUGCCUAUCAAAGAAGCAUGCCAUGCUGCUGUCCAGAAAAACCAUCCUAGUAAGCAGAAGUUGUGGAAGCACGCACAAGCUAGACAUCAUAGUGACCGUGACAAACCAACACCUAUUCUAGAAAUUGUGUCAUUUGGAGCCGAUUUGAGUAAUCGUGGGCCAACAUUUGACAUGGACAUAUCUGACUUUAUGGAUGGUGAGCAGCCAAUUUCUUACGAGGCUGCACGCAAGUACUUCUCUCGUGAUACUUCCCAAAGGUGGGCAGCCUAUGUUGCUGGGGCAAUUUCGGUACUGAUGACUGAGUUGGGAGUCCGUUUUGAGGACAGCAUAAGCAUUGUGAUAUCUUCUGCUGUUCCUGAGGGAAAAGGUGUUUCUUCUUCAGCAGCAGUCGAGGUUGCAAGCAUGACUGCUAUCAUUGCUGCGUAUGGUUUGAAGAUCGCCCCUCGAGACAUCGCUUUGCUCUGUCAGAAGGUAGAGAAUCACAUCGUUGGAGCCCCAUGCGGAGUGAUGGACCAGAUGGCUUCAGCAUGUGGUGAAAAGAACAAGCUUCUUGCUAUGUUGUGCCAGCCAGCUGAGGUGUUAGGAUUGGUUGAUAUUCCUUCCCAUAUAAAAUUCUGGGGGAUCGACUCGGGUCUUCGACACAGUGUUGGGGGUUCAGACUAUGGUUCGGUGAGGAUUGGUACUUUCAUGGGCAGAAAGAUGAUGAAAUCAAUGGCCUCUAGCAAAGUAGAUGAAUAUAACUCUGAUGAGACGGGAAGGAAUAGCACCGAACUGCUCGAGGCCGAGGCUUCAUUAGCCUACUUAUGCAACCUGCCACCUCACAGGUAUGAAGGUGGAUAUGCAAAUAAGCUUCCAGAACGAAUCACUGGUGAAGAAUUCUUAACCAAAUACGGAAGUCAUGAUGAUCCUGUCACUGUAAUCAACAGAGAUAUGAGUUACGCUGUUAAAGCGCCUACUGCACAUCCUGUUUACGAGAACUCCCGAGUCAAGGCUUUUAAAUCGUUGUUAACAGCCGCUGCCUCGGAUGAACAACUUUCAGCUCUAGGGGAGCUUAUGUAUCAGUGCCAUUACAGCUAUAGUGCAUGCGGCCUGGGUUCCGUUGGCACCGACAAACUGGUGGAAUUGGUACAGAUGAUGCGUCUCGCUGGGACUCUAUACGGAGCCAAAAUCACAGGUGGUGGUAGCGGCGGAACAGUUUGCGUUAUGGGGGAGAAGAGCGUGAGAAGCAGUGAACAAAUUCGCGAGAUUCAACAGAGAUACAAGAACGCCACAGGGUUCAUGCCGUAUGUGUUUGAAGGAUCGUCGCCCGGUGCUGGCAAGUUCGGUUAUCUGAAAAUUCGCCGACGCAGCAGCCCCAAGUCAGACUUUGCUGCUGCUUCAUCACUAACCGCAUCUGCAGAGCAUUGAAUGGGGACCAUGUUUGAACUCCAAAAGGUCCAUUAGAAAAGGGAAGGAAAGGUAAUUGAUUGCCUAAUCGAAUACUUAUAAUACCGUCAUUACACUGAUCAAUAAGAUUACGAACACUCC